AUGAAUUCGCGCGAUACAGAGCUCUCGAUGGCAGCGGCGAAGCCUCAAGUCCCCGAUUCUUCAAGCAAAUUCAUCAUAUCAGAGUCCGCGUCCACUACAGCUCAGUGCAGUCCAACAGUUCUCCCAGUAGACCCGAACUGGUGUCUCGAGCCAUAUCUUGUACUGUGCGACUCAUCAUACCUUGCUCCUUUUAUUGUGCCAGAUGAUGUUGAUGGUGGGCCCUAUCAUCACGAGGUCAACCAGAUGUACGAAUGGGCGCUACACAACCACGAUGGACGUUUCACAGCGCCUUCUUCAGUCGCCAUGGCAUGCCCUGUUUACAACCCAGACUAUCCUUCAGGAUGUCGACAGCCUGCAGGCUACGAGAACAACCCUGCGCUCAGCACUCACGGCUAUACGUGGCAACGGAUGGAAAGAUUUGAGCCUCCGACUGCAAUUGAGGUACCAAGGCCACCCCUUGGGUAUUUGCAAAUGGACGAAGGUGCGUCCGAAUACAAGAGCAUGAACGGUAUCAUGCAGGGUCACCUGUCGACUGAUCCAGGCUCGUGGUACACAAACCUGCCAACAGCAAUAUCAUAUGCUGCCAACCAUUACAGCGAGACACCACACCAAACAUCGUCAGAUAAUACUACUUUAGCUGGGGAUGUCCAAUUUCAUGCCGUGACCGAUCCUAGACAAGAUGCCCUUACUGCCGCAGAACCUUUACCCCCCUUUCAAGCCGAAGCGACCGACUGUCUUGGCCCAGUGAACAAAGCCAGAUCCCCGGUACCCCAGCGCAUGCCAGCCAAGAGGAAGAAACGCAUGAUAUCUUGCUCAAUAUGCAGAGAAGAGUUCCAUCGGCCUUGCAGUCUCAGACGGCACAUGUACCAGCACGAAGGGCAACAUGAAUGCCUGACCUGCGGAAAGAGAUUCCAUGAGAAAUACCAGCUCAGCAACCAUGCGAAGAGCCAUGCUGGCCCUUUCGCAUGCACGCUAUGUCCGAAGACGUUCGAAAAACGAUCGUCACUCAGGUCUCAUCUGCCUUCUCACGAAGGUUUCCGUAGACUGUUGCCGUGCCCCUUCACAGGGUGCGGUAAGCAGUAUCGAAGGGGAGGUUGUCUGAACCGCCAUAUCAAGAGUGCUCAUCAAGUAGGGGAGGCCUACAGCUGCCAGCACUGCGGGAGAUCGUUUCGACGCUCGGAUCUCAGAGACCGUCAUGAGAUCGAGAAUUGCCCUCUACGACAGCAUCCUAAGAAGAAAACAGCCUCCCGGAAUGCUAGUUCUAUGGCUGUACAAACCCAGGCGCUCGCCCAAGCAAGCGGGUUUCAGAGUAUAGCCUACACAUCUUCGGCGACCCCCAUACCUUCAGGCCCGGUACAAGCAAUCUAUGAAACAGCGAGCAUGCCACCGAUGUCGGACAAUCUCUCGCGUGCUGUGAAAGACAUUACUCGCAUACUCCCGAAUGGCACCAUACUUCCACAAGACUUUCUCUAUGGACUUGGUACGCUGGGCGUUGACAGUACUAGUCAUACGGCAUCCACCGAGAUGGCCAUGUCUGGAAGUAUGGACGCUGCAGAGCAGAUUGCCACGUCUUUUUCGACGCCGUAUCCGUAUCUUGGGACAGAGAUCACGUUUAAGCGUUGGGCCGAAGAUGUUUGGGCGCUAGAAUGA